CCAGAAUAAAAACAGCAACAACAGACAGGGAGGAGGGACAAAAAGCAAGUGAUCCAUUGAAACAGAGCUUUUGCCUUCUUUGAAUCCCAUAUCGUUCUCCUUUAUUCCGCACCACUGCUGAACUUGUGUUAAUUAGGUAGCGCAGAAUAAAACCGGCUCAUCUGGAGAGGGGUGGUGCAUUUGGGAGCGAGAUGGCUAACGGAAAGGUUCGGCUGCUCCUCCAUGGACUCUUCCUCGUAGCAGCGAUUCAGCCCACUCUGCAAGGAGGCGUGUAUGUACCACCUGGUGCGGGCAUAGGCACUGGACCAGGAACUGGAUUCUUUCCAGGGUCUACGGGAGGCGUGCCCGCCGGCUAUAAACCAGCUAAAGCAGCAGGUGGUUAUGGAGGUGGCGGGCAAGGCGGCGUCCCGGGAGGUCUGGUGCCAGGAGGUGUUGGCCAGACUGGAUUUGGUAUUGGAGGACUUUGGAGCAGGACAAGGUGGAAAAGGACCUAAACCAGGUUAUGGAAAUCUAGGAACCGGGGUUCUUGGAGGUGGCGGCUAUGGAGCUGGAGGCUUCGGCGGUGGUGGUUAUGGGGGAUAUGGUGGAGUCCCCGGUGGAAUCUUCCCAGGAGCUGGACAGAAGGCUGGUAAAAGAGGUGCUGGAGGCCAUCUGCUACCAUUUGGAGGAGCCGGAACUGGAACAGGAACUCUUCCUGCUGGAGGCCCCGUUAUCCCCCAGACAGGUUUGCCAGGAGGGACUGGUGCUGGAUCAGGAAAGAAAGCUUCCAAAGUACCAGGUGUGGAUGUACCAGGGCUUUAUCAAGGUGGAUUCGUACCAGCAAAUGGAUUUGGAAACCGUGGAGUUCUUCCAGGAGUUGCCACUGGCAAUGGCCUCAAUCAGAAAUCCCUUGGAGCAGGGGGACAGGGUGGAGCAGGAGCAGGCUAUGGUGGGCAAAUGCAGCCCGGAGUGUUCCAUGGAUACCCUCUGAAAUCACCCAAAACUCAAGGUGGCCAGGGAGCAAAACCUGGAGGCAGAAAACUUCCCUUUGGUUACGGCGGUUUUGGUAAUCAAGGAGCUGGACUUCCGGGAGGUAAAAGUGGCCCCGGCUCAAAGCCUGGAUUUCCUAUUGGGACUGGAGUUGGCACUGGUGGCAUCUCAGCUGCACAGGCCAAAUCUGCCAAAUAUGGUUUGGGUGGUCCUGGUGGUUUUGGUGCUGUUGCUGGUGGUGCUGGUGGAUUUGGUCCUGGUGCAGGUGGUUUGGGUGGUGGCACAGGUGGACGAUAUCCAGGGCAGAUUCCAGGAGCAGGCUAUGGACCUGGGUCCAAAGCUGCUAAAUAUGGUGGUGUGCCAGGUGGUGUUCCUGGUGGCGUUCCAGGUGGUGUUCCGGGUGGUGUUCCUGGUGGCGUUCCAGGUGGUGUUCCAGGUGGUGUUCCUGGUGGUGUUCCAGGUGGUGUACCAGGGGGUGUACCAGGUGGUGUACCAGGAGGUGUCCCCGGAGGUGUACCAGGCGGUGUACCAGGGGGCGUACCAGGAGGUGUACCAGGAGGUGGUGGAUAUCUCCCGUCAGCAAAAGCAGCUAAAUACGGUGGUGUCCCAGGAGGUGUACCAGGUGGUCUACCAGGGGGUGUGCCAGGUGGUGUGCCCGGUGGAGUGCCCGGUGGUGUACCAGGAUAUGGUGGAUAUCAGCCAGCAGCCAAAGCAGCUAAAUAUGGGGGCGUACCAGGGGGCGUACCAGGGGGCGUACCAGGUGGCGUACCAGGUGGCGUACCAGGUGGCGUACCAGGGGGUGUACCAGGGGGUGUACCUGGAGGUGGUGGAUAUCUCCCGUCAGCAAAAGCAGCUAAAUAUGGUGGUGUCCCAGGAGGUGUGCCAGGGGGUGUGCCAGGGGGUUUACCAGGUGGCGUACCAGGUGGCGUACCAGGUGGUGUACCAGGUGGCGUACCAGGGGGCAUACCAUGGGGUGUACCAUGGGGUGUACCAGGGGGUGGUAGAUAUCUCCCAUCAGCAAAAGCAGCUAAAUAUGGUGGUGUUCCAGGUGGUGUACCAGGCGGUGUACCUGGUGGUGGUGUUCCUGGUGGUGUACCGGGUGGCGUUCCAGGUGGCUUACCUGGAGGUGGCGGAUAUGUACCAGGAGCCAAAGCAGCUAAAUACGGUGGUGUUCCAGGUGGUGGAGCAGGGCAUUUUUCAGGUGGGGUACCAUGGGGUGCACCAGUCGGUGUGCCUGCUAAUGUACCAGGAUUUGGUGGAUAUCAACCAGCAGCCAAAGCAAAUAAUUAUGGAGGUGUAGCAGGUGGAGUACCAAGUGGUGUUCCUGGUGGUGUACCCGGUGGCGUACCUGGUGGUGUACCUGGUGGUGUUCCAGGAGGUGGAUAUUCACCAUCAGCCAAAGCAGCUAAAUAUGGGGGUGUACCUGGCGGUGUACCUGGUGGUAUACCUGGUGGUGUACCUGGUGGUGUACCUGGUGGCGUACCUGGUGGUGUUCCAGGUGGUGUACCAGGGGGUGGAUAUUCACCAUCAGCCAAAGCAGCAAAAUAUGGUGGUGUACCAGGAGGUGUACCAGGAGGAGUGCCAGGUGGUGUGCCAGGUGGUGUGCCAGGUUGGGCACCAUUUGCAGUACCAGGAGGAGGUCAGAGAUAUCCAGGCACCGGUCCAUACUCACCAGCAGCCAAAGCAGCAAAAUAUGGAGGAGCAGGAGCAGGAUUUGGAACAGGAGGACUGGGAGGAGCAGGAACAGGAUUUGGAACAGGAGGACUGGGAGGAGCAGGAGCAGGAUUUGGAACAGGAGGACGGGGAGGAGCAGGAGCAGGAGCAGGGUUUGGAACAGGAGGACUGGGAGGAACAGGAACAGGAACAGGGAUAGGCGGAGUACCUGGUUUAGUUCCAGGAGGAGGAACAGGUGGACAAUACGCUGCUGCUGCGGCAAAGGCUGCCAAAUAUGGUGGAGCAGGAGCAGGGUUAGGGACAGCCGGAGUCGGAGGAACGGGAAUAGGAGGAGUGCCCGGUCUGGUGCCAGGAGGAGUUGGAAAUGGACAAUACAAUGCUGCUGCCGCUGCUGCUGCAAAGGCUGCCAAAUAUGGAGGAGCAGGAGCAGGGUUGGGAGCAGGAGGGCUCGGAGGAACAGGUGGACAAGUACCUGGUUUUGUUCCUGGAGGUGGACAGUACUCUCCUGCUGCAAAAGCUGCCAAAUAUGGUGGAGCAGGAGCAGGGUUAGGAACCGGAGGACCGGGUGGUACAGGUGGGCAAGUACCUGGUUUUGUUCCUGGAGGAGUUGGGGGUGGACCAUACUCUGCUGCUGCAAAAGCUGCCAAAUACGGAGGAGCAGGCGCUCACUUAGGAACUGGUGGAAUGGGAGGUAGAGGUGGGCAAGUACCUGGUUUUCUUCCCGGAGGAUUUGGAGGUGGCCAAUACUCUGCUGCUGCAAAAGCUGCUAAAUAUGGGGGAGCAGGAGCAGGGUUAGGAACAGGAGGCCUGGGGGGAUCAGGAAGACUGGGAGGAACAGGAGUAGGAGGAGGGCCUGGUUUGGUACCAGGAGGUGGACAAUACCCCGCCGCUGCUGGUGCUGCAAAAGCUGCCAAAUAUGGAGGAGCAGGAGCAGGAUUAGGAACAGGAGGACUGGGAGGAACGGGAGUAGGAGUGCCUGAUUUAUUACCCGGAGGAGCUGAAAGUGGACAAUAUUCUGGUGCUGUUGCAAAAGCUGCUAAAUAUGGAAUCUCAACAGGAGGUGGAGCAGGGGUUGGCGCAGGAUUAGCAGGAGCAGGAGUUCGACCAGGAACAGUUGGAGGGGCUGUUCCUGGAGUGGGUCUUGCCUUGCCAGGAGCGACCCCACACACUGCAGUUAGCGGCCUCCCUGAUGGUUCUACCGUUGCUGGAAAGCCACCAAAGAAUAUAGGUCCUUCUGGAUCUCCUUUUCCAGGCCCCACCCCUAGUGCCUCAAAUGGGAAGGCCACAGAGCUCCCACAGCCCACUGGUACAAAAGGUCAAAGCCCAACUGAUGUUGGUGUUGGCACAGCAAGCAAGGCACCGAAACCCAUUCCACAAGGCACUGGAACAGGUGUUGGUCCAGGUGGAGUAGGUUACCCUUAUGGAGUUCCUUAUGGAGUUGGAACUGGAACAGGGGCUGCUGUGUUGCCUGGUGCAAAGCCCUUGAAACCUCCCUUUGUCGGAGGAGCAGGAGGUGGUGCAGGAAUCCCUCUGGCAGCAGGAGGAUACCAAGGUGGUUUGCCAUAUCCCUCUGCAGGCGGCCUGGGUGGUGCUGGGGGAGGAGCUAAAGCCCCCAAACCAGGCUAUGGAAAUCUUGGAGGUGGUGGUGGAUAUCAGCCUCAACCAGGUGGAUACGUCCCAGCCCCACUGACUCCUCAACAAGCUAAAGCAGCUAAGUACAUUGGGAAUCCAUUGCAAGGCUUUCUGGGUGGUGCAGGAGGAGGAGGAGGAGCCUACAGAGGUGGAGCAGUAGCAGCAUGCCAGGGUAAAUACUGUGGCAGGAGGAAGUAGAUGUACUCCUGAAGUGCGACGUGGCCUGAAGAAAAUCGUGGUGCUACUGCAUGAACUAGAAUGUACAUUUUAGAACACAAACGUUUUUACUUACUUGACUUCAACAUCUGCUCUUAUGCAAACCCACCGACCAAGAGUUUUGUACUUUUUUUUCUCUCUCGUGAUGACAGUGUCUUUAACCAUAAACGUGUGAAUGUCAGUUUGCUUUUAGUCCCCCUUCUUAUGCACCAAUGUACUUCAAAUACUGUAAUGUUUGUCAGCCUGUGAUCAUUCCUUUGGAUACUUGUCAACAGUGUGUUCAAGUGGACAUAUGGUGACACAGCAAAAGACUGCUUGAAAAGGUUGUCUGCCAAUGUGACCUAUGUAGGAUGCCGCAGUGCGCCAUUUUUAAUCUUAAAACAAGGCAAGAUGAAAUGUUGCAGCACAGGACCUCUCAAAUCCGUGAGAAGGCUGCUUUUUGUGGCCAAAUCGCAACAGUGUCUUGGGCCCGCCUUCUUGCUGCUAUUUUUAGCUCCAUUGGGUAUAAAGUAGUGGGAAAUAGGACUCCAGCCAGCCCAUCUGUUCUUAUUAGAUUUUUUUUUUUUUUUUUUGCUGAUUGUUUUUCCCCAUCAUUUCCAAUUUCAACAAAUGCUUUACUGAGAUCACUGUCUAAAGCAGUGUUGUCUUUUAUUCUUCCAGUGUAUUUCUGUAAGUUUGCAUUUUUGCGCAUUUGCUUUGUGACGCUUUUUCCUCAAGUGUCAUUUCAGGAGUUAUUUACAUUUAUGCAAUAAGGUUAAUUCAAGCUUUUAACACAUAUCUUAUUGUUAUUGUAAUUGUGUGAACAUGCAGUAAAACCUAGCCUUUGCAUUUAUUCAAAAAUUGUAGUACAAAAUAACACAUCUGUUUAAUGGGUUUAUCCAAGUCCCAUUGUUCAUUUACUUGAGCUGCUUUAGAGGGAAAAAAAGAGGAAAACGUUUAGCUGACCAAAGGUUCAUGGGUGCUGUUGCCUAGUGACCCCUUUGUUCUUUCUGUAAUUAUGUACUGUAUUUUGUACUAAUAUGAAAGUUGUUGGCAUUUGUUCAUCCACUCUGAGCACUUUGAGCCUCAUUGGGUCAGAUGUGCCAUGGGAUAGACUUCAUCUUUAUUUAAAUUUAUUUCUAAAAUUGUGGUUUUGCACUUUUAAAAAAAAAAAAAUUCCACGCACACAUGCACACACGACUUAAUAUAAUCAGCCAAUGUAUUUGCAUCAUCAAAUAAAUAAAAUGUGUUUGAAAA